UACACCCGUGCGUUAAUCAAGAGUGCACGCCAAAAAAUAACUCAUUCACUUCCGAGCAAUUUAAUCGAAAAGUGCUGCGGUGGCGAGACCGUCAACACCCCCGACGACAAUAACCAUCGGAUUGUGUCAUCGACUCGGUUAACCCAGCGUGUAACCCAACACCGCCAACACGUGUGAGUUCCAAGUUCCCAACUCCAUAUUGUAACAGACUUCAAGUGGUCGGAGGACAAUCAAAACAGCCGAUAGCGAUGAUAAUAUGAGCCUAAAUCAUCCACCAGCCGACCCCGAACAAAGUCCUGGCGCCGAUCCAAAAUCAUCGAAAAGAAACAGCGGUCUGUUUGCUUUCUUUAAAUGGUUCAAACCGUCCACAUCCCGCGAAAGCAUCAACUCCGACGUGCAGAUUUCUAAUUCGAGCAGUUGCGACAGUCUAGCGUCCAUCCAGAGCGGUGGGACCAUCGCCUCCUUCUCGUUCGUGCCUCCCAAUGCAUAUCCCGCAAACAAUUUGGCCGAGAAGUGCAUCAAUCCAGGACCAGAAACCGACACCUACAAGGCCAGACUCAAGCAACGCGACAAACGGAGGGAGAAUGACAGGAACCUCACCCUGAGGAAAAAGUACAAUCUGUUCUUCAACCGGGAGACCCUCCUCAAGAACGUCAUCAAGCAACAACAGGAGAACACAAAGAGCCUGCCACUGAUGACUAAGGCUGUGUUGGAAGAGCAGGAAGACAGAGUAGGACACCGCCGCACAAACAGUGAGUCAUCCAAAACAAAAAAGGCAGGCGCCUAUUUGCAUGUCAAGGGCAAGCGAAAGGCCCCUCCACCCCCCAAGUCCCACUCCACUCCCUCAACAAUGAGCUUGAAAAGAAAGAAGCGUCUGGCGCCUCUACCCCCCGAAAAACUGGACAAGGCGAUUGCGAACACCGACAUCAUAUGCAAUGACUCACUCAAGCUGGACCACGGCAUAUUAAAACCAGCAAAAGAACUGGAAUCCAAGGACCAAAAUAGCCCGAGCACUUCGGCAAGGUCAAGCUAUGUCGAAACACCAGUCUCACCUAGACCGUGGUACAAGAGAAACACGCAGCACAAAGAGAAGAAAGAGAAGGAGCACAAAUACGAACUGGUCGAGAAACUGCCCGAAACUCAGUUCCUCAGAAACUCCACCUUAGACCUGACGCUCGAGGACGCCAAAGAAGUGUCGAAGGUGACUGACAAAAAGAAGGAGGAGAAACGGAAGUCGGGGAUUUCCUACCUGGCGAACAUCAGUGAAUUGGACCGGGAAGCAAGUGAGAUCAUCAGAAAGGAGCAACAAAAAAACGGUGUGUACGACCUACAGGAAAUGCCUGAGUUCAUGAAGCCUCGCGACGACCCGAAAAUAAAUACGGACAGUUGGGCCUCACCUAAACGUCGCUCCGCCAGGGACUUAAUAGCGAAAUUCAACGCCAUCACUAAUGUGACAAAGGUCACCGUGUUCGGCACCAAAGACGCGAAGAAGGACUAUUUCGGGAAACAGCACAGCCUCGACGAAACGAAACGGCAGCAGGAGACUUUGCUGGAAUCGCACAAGAAACGCAUCGAGCAAAUCGACAAGAAACACAAAGACAACGACAAGUUUAACGUGCUCAUGAAGUCGGAAAGUGCUAGUGCUAUUAAAACUAAACCGGAAACUCCAAAACUGGAAAGGAAGAGCUGGAACUGUGCUAAAUGUAACGUGGAGAACGACUACUGGAGGAUUAUUUGCCACGUGUGUUCAAAUAUUAAACCGUACUUCGACGACUUCUAUCCGAACAAACUGAGUGAUACAAAGCUAAAUGAACCCAAAACUGCUAGUCCAUUGGAGGUACGCAAAACUCCCCUUGUCACUAACGAAAGUCCUGAACGUGUCCUGGAGAGGUCCAAGACUCAAAUUGGAUUCUCAGCCCUUGCCAACUAUAACGCCGCCAACAACAAGAAAAAGUCACCAGUCAACGAAAAAUCUGAAAGCGAAAAAAAGGAGGAGAAGGAGAAGCUCAAAAAGAUGCUCAUUGAAAUGAAAAACUCCCUGCCUAAACGAAAGUCUAACAUCUUAAUGAAGCAAAACAGCCGCGCCAGCAUCAUAAUAGAAAAUCCAGAGAACACCGACGCAGAAAUAAAAGAGGACGAAUCAAAAGUAGUACCAGUACAGGAGGAGAAGCCGCCCGCCGAAGAGAAAACUCAGGAGCAAAGGGUGGCGGAAAUAUUGAUAGCCACCAAAGAGACCAUUUACGAGAACAUCAAAGUGAAAAAAACCGACAAUCCGAAGCCGGUGAAAGUGUCCUCGUCCGCUCAAACGAGCGCAGUGGUCAAACAGGUCGUACCGCCCAACACCAUAGCCAACAUCAUCAAAAACGAGGAGUCCAGAGUGCAGAAGAACAAUUUCGAACUGAUGCGUCCCAAGGACUUCGAAGACAUCUACAGCGACAAGAACGCCAAGUCGGCAGCCAGGAUUUACGCGAACUUGGCGCAGAGCGACGAGCUUUCGUUGUUCUUCAACGUGCCGAAGAAGAUCUCCGAGUUGAAGAACGACAUUAAUUUGGCGGACGCCAACACGGACACCAUUGAGAUCAACAGGCUGUUGAGGCGGUUGGAGACGGCGAUUGCCAAAGGGGAUCUGACUGAGGCGGCGAUUUUCGCCAAGGAGUUGGCGCAGUUGAAAGUCAACUGUUCGGUUGUGAGGAAGAAGGGCGCCAACGGCGAGGAGAAGGAGAAAAAAGUCGGAUUUCAGAUAGAAAUGUAUGUGGAGGAUAAAAUAUCACACAGAGGUCCAUUUCCCAUCCAAGUAACUGAGAAUCAAACUGUUGCACAAUUGAAGCAACAGAUCGAAAGGGAAUUCGAAAUACCAGUAGAUGUUCAACGUUGGAUACUUGGAAAAGAAUUGGUGACAAACGACAAUGCGAGUUUAAAAGAACACAACGUAACAUCAGAAGGUUGUCCUGUAUUUUUAUAUCUUGUCGCUCCAGUUUCAGAUUUGAAAAAUAAUGCGGACAAGAGAAAAUCUCAAAUACUUCCACUUGAUGAUAAACCGUCUACAUCAAAGCAAGACGCAGGAGGAAGUGGUCUUAAAAUAAACGUGGACAAAACCUAUAAAAAUUCUACGGAAAAUAUUAAACAAGAGGUUGAAAAACAAAGUGGUGAUCACACUCCAAAAAUAGUGGACGUUAUACCAAAAAUAAUAGAUACAAAACCGGAAAUAAAAAUAGAACAGAAUAAAGAAAGUAAAGUAAUUGUAGAAAAAACUAAGAAAACAGAAAGCACAAUAGCAACAACAACUAAAGUUCCAGAGCCCAAUAAAGUAGAAAUUAAAGCUAAAGAAGUUAUUAAUACAGAUGUCCAGGUCAAAGAAUCAACCAACCAAGUAAAUAAUGGUAAAAAAAUUAUUAAGCCUAACUCAAUUACAAUAUUUGGUUUACCUGCUGAUGCACUUGCAACUAAAACGUCUGGACCAAUAAAAACAGAUGCCAACAAAAAUAUCCCAACAACUACAUCUAUUUUUGCACCUACAAGUCAAACAACGAAGAAGACAGAAUUUGUCAUUCCUGUAAUUAAAGAAGUUAAGCCCUUGGAGAAGGAUAAACAAAUUUCUACCACAAGCAGUAGUACCCAGUCUAAUGCGAGUGUCCUUAAAACUAUUACAAACAAAGUGGAAGAGAAACAGAAUACGAAACCUGCAGAAAACAAAGUAACAAACGUUCGUACAAUCACCUCUGUUCCGAACAAAAAUACUGCCGCAAAACCUGAAAUCGUUAAAAGCGAUUUAAUGAUCGCCAGUAUAACAAGCCACCCACCAGUUUUACAACACAAACUCGUCGACGAAACAAUCGAAAUCAAGGUAGAAAAGAACAUCCCCAAAACAGCCGGUCCCAGUGGCGCCCAACCGAAGAAGGCCGUGCUCGAAGAAGACUUCGACGACUACGAAACCAAAACCCUAAAGCCCGAGAAGGAAUGGGAGUGCCACCUUUGCACCCUUCUCAACCCCACCACAACCAACAUCUGCGGGGCCUGCGCCACCAUACGAUUGAAGUCGGCCCCCAAGAAGUCGGUGAAAAGGAAAGCGCCGCAACCUAAAAAGGACCAGACUUAUCUGCAACUGGUGAAUUUGGACAACGCCGAUCUGGUCGAGAACGCCGAACCUUUCGAAUGUGUGAUAUGCUUCCUGGAGGUGCCGGCCAAGGAGGGUGUGACACUGCGCGAGUGUCUCCACCAGUUUUGCAAGAUGUGCCUGGCCCACACCAUCGAAUAUUCCGAAGAGGCUGAAGUGAAGUGCCCUUACAGAGACGACGAUUAUUCCUGUAACAUUGCCUUGCAAGAUAGGGAGAUAAAGGCUCUGGUUACCAAAGAGAUCUACGACCAGUUCCUGGCCAAAUCCAUUGCUCAAGCUGAGAACAAAAUUGACAAGUCGUUCCACUGCAAGACGCCUGACUGCAAAGGAUGGUGCAUUUUUGAAGACAACGUCAACGAGUUUCGAUGUCCUGUUUGCAGGAAAGUCAACUGUUUAACAUGCCAGGCAAUCCACAUGGGCGUGAACUGCAAACAGUACCAGGAACGUAUGACGGAGGAAUCGGAGAUCGACGAAGACGCGAAACGUACCAAAGAGAUGAUAGACGAGAUGGUGCGACUGGGGGAGGCUCUGGCCUGUCCCACGUGCAAAGUGGUGCUGCUGAAGAAGUGGGGCUGUGAUUGGCUUAGGUGUUCGAUGUGCAAGACUGAGAUCUGCUGGGUGACCAGGGGUCCCAGAUGGGGACCGGCCGGCAAAGGCGACACCUCGGGGGGUUGCCAAUGCGGCGUCAACGGCGUCAAAUGCCACCCCAAGUGCAAUUAUUGCCAUUGAGCAACCGUUGGGGCGGUUCGGGGAAUUAACGCACAAUUUUAUUAUUGUUUUUUAUUUAUUAGCGGCAACCUUAAGGUUUCGUUAAUUGUUUUUUAACUUAUAUAAAUUGUUGCGUCGUGGUAUCCACGGUUUUUAAACAUGUAUUUAAAAAUGGUAACACUCUACUACUGUAAGAUAUGAACGCACCACUAAAAUAUACAUAUUUACGUAAAAAUAAUCUAAAUUUAAGAAAUAACUCUAAAAAAAUGAAAUAAAUGAAUUACACAUUAACAUUUAUUAAUAAUUAAAUAUUUACUUAUACAGGAAGGUGAAAUAAUAUUGUCUAAGAAAGAGUGUUAUUUUAAUGGUGCGUUGGUUUUUUCUAACAGUAUACAUAUGCUUUAACAAAUAUUUUAAUUAAAUAAUUUAUUUUCAGCGAUAUUAGAUAUACUAGAAAACAGGCUGUUUGAAUUAAUUAAUUUAAUGGACAAAGUUAUGUAUUGAUUAUUGAUGCGUUUAUGUUGUGUUUGGUUUCUAUAACUUUUAUUUAUUUAUAAGAUGACUGAUUGCGUUGUAAAACUGCCUUAUUGUUUAAAAAUAAAUUUCAUACUACCUU